AUGGACAUGUUUCCACUUUUGUCUGACAUUUUGGAAAACUCUCCUCAGGUGAAGACCAGGGCCUCAGUCUCUCAGCACCUCUCACAACUGGCAGAGACAUUUGAUGAAUACUUUCCUGAGGAUCCCAGAAACGGACACAUGUGGAUUUUGGACCCAUUUUCUGUGGAUCCCACUGACAAUGAUGUUGCUUUGCCCUCACAUCUGGAAUCCCAGCUUCUGGAAGUUUCCACCGACAGCACUUUAAAGUUGCAGUGGGGCGAACUGGAACUGGGCUCCUUCUGGAUUGCUGUCUCAAAGGAGUACCCAUGUCUAGCACUGAGGGCUGUGAAACUCCUUCUCCCAUUCACAACUACACACCUGUGUGAAUCAGGGUUCUCCACUGUGGCCACAACUAAGACCAAAGCCCGAAACAGACUCAGAGCAACACUGGAGGCGACUCUGAGAACUCCCAUGCCUGUCCUCUCCAGAAAAUCCUUCAAGAAGCUUCCUGAGUGGGAUUUUGAGGAUAUUUAUAACCAGGAUGCUCCACCCAGGCAGACAACAUGUGCCAAGUCUCUGCGAAACUCUCAGGAUGAAAGCUUCAAGAAGGCUUUCCUCCCCAACAUACGUUUGUUCAUGCACAAAAUCAACAUGAGCGAGUGGAACCGGCUUUCACAUUUUAACAAUCCUUUCGGUUUUAUGGAGUUCAACCAUGAUGAGGUGAUGGCUGGAGCGAAGUUGAUCCCCAAGCCAAAUGAGCCACUACUCCUUCCAAAGCCAGGCAGUGACCGGUGUAUGAGCUGUGCUGUGGUGGGCAUGGGAGGAAUCCUCAAUGGCUCUAAAAUGGGGAAAGAAAUUGAUGCUCACGAUUAUGUUUUUCGGAUGAACGGUGCAAUCACCAAAGGUUUUGAGGAGGACGUAGGAAACAGGACCUCGGUGUACGUUCACACCGCCCACUCUAUCACUGCGUCUCAGUAUCUACUACGGAAGUACGAAUACAAAUCCAUCCCUGAUGAUGAGGGUAUAAAGUACGUAAUGAUUCCUGAGGGGAUGAGGGACUUCAAUUGGAUGGAGGGUCUUUUCAAAAACCAAAGGGUCACUGCUGGGCAAUAUAAAAACAAGAGGCCGUGGACAUACUAUGCCGAACAGUACAAUGAGACCCGCUUCUAUGUUCUGCACCAGGAUUUCCUCAGAUACGUUCGAAACAGGUUUUUAAAGUCUCCUCACCUGAAUGAUCCACACUGGGCGAUAGUCAGACCAACCAAUGGGGCAUUCACUCUCUUCCUGGCUCUGCACACCUGUGACACUGUAAGUUAA